AGGCAGGUGAAGGUCACUCCGGGUGGCCAUUUUAGAGCUCUGCAUGUGUACAAACAGACUCUAUCACGCAUGCAAUCAUGAAUCCUGGAGAAAAGGCUGGACUGGUGUUGCUAGCAGGGAAUUCGCACCCAGAACUCACAAAGCAGAUUUCAGAAAAACUUUGUGAAAGAGUUGGUAUAAGCAAUGUUUACCACAAGUCAAAUAGAGAGACUGUUGUUGAUAUCCAAGAGUCUGUACGAGGGAAGGAUGUAUAUAUUAUUCAAACUGGAACAAAGAAUGUGAACAAUGACAUAAUGGAGUUGCUGAUCAUGUCGUAUGCCUGUAAGACUUCCUCCUGUAGAAAGAUCAUAGGUGUAGUGCCGUACCUGCCCUACUGUAAGCAGAGCAAGAUGAGGAAGAGGGGAGCAAUAGCCUGUAAAUUGCUGGCACAGAUGUUCAAAAAUGCAGGUAUAACAAACUUGAUCACCAUUGAUCUACACCAGAAAGAAAUACAGGGAUUUUUUGAUAUGCCAGUUGAUAACCUACGUGCAUCACCUUUCCUCAUAGAAUAUAUCAUGAAAAUGAUCCCAGAUUACAGAAAUGCCAUCAUUGUUGCCAGAAAUGCUAAUUCUGUCAAGCGAGCAACGUCCUAUGCUGAGAGGUUACGCCUUGGUAUUGCAGUGGUUCAUGGUGAGGAAAGGAUUCCCGACUCUGACCUAGAUGACGGCAGGCACUCUCCCCCUCCACAGGAAGAGGAGGAAGAAAACAGGCUCAGUAGAGGAAUAGAAAUUAUGCCCAUGCUCACACCUAAAGCCAAGCCACCCAUGAAUGUUGUUGGUGAUGUUGCUGGAAAAAUUGCAAUCAUGGUGGAUGACAUGAUUGAUGAUGUGGAAGCCUUUGUUGCCACAGCAGAACUCUUGAAGUCAAGAGGAGCAUAUAAAAUAUAUGUCAUGGCCACACACGGGUUGCUGUCAUCAGAUGCUCCGAGACUUCUGGAAGCUUCUCCUAUUGAUGAGGUGGUUGUGAGCAACACAGUUCCCCAUGACAUCCAGAAAAUGCAGUGCCACAAGAUUAAGACAGUCGACAUCAGUGUACUCUUGGUGGAGGCCAUCAGGCGCACACACAACAACGAGUCCAUGUCUUAUCUCUUCAAGUACAUCACCUCAGAAGACUAGUCCAAUAUGUUUACAAACAACAUAUAUACCCCAAAGAUUCUCUCAAAUGACAUGGGUUAUUUCUCUGGGGUAUUAAAGUUGGUUGCCAG